AUGUCUUUCAAUACCAGCAGCUCCAACAUCCGCGUUGACGACGGCCACAUUCUUCGUGCCACUCUUCGCAAUGGCAACGGCGACGAGGUCGAGAGCGAGCUUGACCUGAACAGCUGCCUUGGCAACAACAACGGCCGCUUCGAAUGGGGUGGCAGGGACUUCUCCGGCUCCGCCGAGAACAUCACCUUCACUGUCGAGGGUGAUGCUCAGGUCCCCAUUCUCCGUGCCCGCCUUCAAGGAUCCAACGAUUCCUCCGACUCCGAUGUAAACCUCGCCGAGCGCAUUGGUAACGACAACGGUAGCCUUUCUUUUGGUAAGCCUUCUCAGAACAGGACCGCCUUCUCGAGAACGAUUAGCUAA